UAGAAAUGUAAGUAUAUUUCAAAGUUAGAGAUAACCAGCAACUUGGAUUAUCCCAUUUUGCCAAAUGGUUGAGUUACUUUUCGAUGUAAAAUGCUUUUAUAGGGCACUGAUGAUGAGGCUUUUCUUUUGGGUUUUAGUCAAUUUGUUGUCUGGCGUCAGAAUGGUUUGCUCUAACUAGUUCUUAUAUGCCUCUGUUGAUUUUUGUUAGUUUGAGACCACAUGUUCUAAGGUGUUUGACCUUAAAAUUCAUGACCUUACUGAAACAGCAGUUAGUUACUAGGUUCAUGUGCUGGUGUAGUUGUUUUCUGAAAUAACUUUAAACUUACCUGAUCCUAUUUGUUGCUGGCAAUCAAUCAGAUAUAAUUGCAUAUAAUGAUCACUAGUAUGUCCAUCUUUUUCCUGUUUCUUAUACAUCCAUUAAUUAUGUGUUUACACAUUAAUCACCUGGGAAAUUUGAUUAUUGAUGUCUGGCAAAUAUUUAGGAAGAAAAAAAAGCCACUUUUUAUUCUUGGCAUUGGUGAGAUUCCUAUAACCAACAAAAACAUCUAAAAUUGUAUAAAUUACCAGCGUCUAGUAGUGGAAUAACAUUCUUGAGAACUUGGACGGAACACCUGCAUUUGAAUUCUGUAAGGAGGGAAUUUUAUCAUAUAAUAUCAUGCAACUAGAUAUAUUUUUUUGAUAUAUUUUUGUUUUAUGCUUUCACUGCUUCUGUCUUAACUGUUUUAUCCCCAGGUAAUCUUGAGUCAAAUUUAAUGGCAUCUGUUAUACCUACCUUUCUGUGUCAAGUUAUUGGCAGGAUGGAAAGUGCAUCCUUCUAAAGUGCUUUGCCAAGUGGUGUUAUCCCACAUUUGUUAAGUAUUAGGUAUCCUGUGGUCUUGUAUUAAAGUUGGGGCCUGCCACUAUCACCAAUUUAUUUUAGGUCGGAUACUUUAAGUUGUGUUACCCCACAUGACCACAUCUUUUAACUAUUAGGUUUCUUGUGGUCUUAUAUUAAAGUUAGGCCCCUUAACCUAUUACCAAUUGGUUUUAGGUUGGAUGCUUAACACACUCGUGUAUCAUAUACAUGCAUGAUUGUAUGUCUAUGUAUGCAUGUCUAGAUGUAUGGUAGGGCACAAGCUUACCCAAAAUUUUAAGUUGUCAACUGAUGGAGACAUCUUUAUAUAUAAUGUCUUUUAUUUUGCUUUUUCAAUCUUUUGGGACAACCCUUUUGUCUGACCUUCAGUAUUUCUCCCGUCUCCUCUCAUGUUUUGAUCUCUGAGCACAUGAAGACCGUCAUCCUUCUCCGUUGUGUAACCCCUCUUCCACAGUAUCCACCGCACUGAGUCUGAAAUCCUCUCUGUAUUAUCCACUAUAUUUACUAAGAGUUCCAAAUAAGACAACCUGAAUCAGCCAAUGCUUUUAGGUAUGGAGCAGAAGGUCCAGUCAGCAAAGAAGCGUGAGUUAAUGUAUUGGUAUUUAGCUUCAAGGGGUGUUCCAAAGAGCCUACAUUGCCUCUGCCUGAAAUUGGCAGAAGAGUACGCUGUGAAUGCAAUGGCCCGCUCUUGUUUACCUCCUCCAGAACAUGUUUCUCGCCUUGCUGACACAUCCUUCAACCAUAUUGUGCUUCUGACUGACAAUGUCCUGGCCGCCUCUGUUGUGAUAUCCUCUACAGUUGAAAAUGCAGCCAAUCCUGAAAAACUGGUGUUUCACAUAGUAACAGACAAGAAAACGUACUCCCCAAUGCAUGCCUGGUUUGCAACAAAUAGGCUGAAAUCAGCAGUAGUGGAAGUUAAGGGAUUACAUCAAUAUGAUUGGUCUCAGGAGGUGAAUGUUGGAGUUAAGCAGAUGUUGGAAAUACAUCACUUGAUUUGUAGUCAUUACUACAAUAAUCUGAAAGAAAACGACCUUGAGUAUGGAGGAGAGCAUCAAAAUUUUUUGGAGGCUUUAAGCCCUAGCUGCCUGUCCCUUAUGAAUCAUCUUCGCAUUUAUAUCCCUGAACUGUUUCCGGAACUCAACAAGAUAGUAUUCUUGGACGAUGAUGUUGUAGUACAACAUGACAUAUCAUCUCUGUGGACAUUGGAUCUCAAUGGGAAAAUCGUUGGUGCCGUCGUUGAUUCAUGGUGUGGAGAAAACUGCUGUCCAGGAAGGAAAUACAAGGACUACUUGAAUUUUUCACACCCCGUAAUUCCAUCUCACCUCGACCAAGAUCGUUGUGCAUGGCUUUCUGGUAUGAACAUCUUCGAUCUUGAAGCGUGGAGGAGGAGCAACAUCACAACUUCUUAUCAUAAAUGGUUGAAACUCAGUCUCAACUCGGGGUUCACGCUAUGGCAACCAGGAGUGCUUCCGCCAAGCUUACUUGCUUUCCAAGGACACGUGCAUCCUAUUGAUCCUUUAUGGCAAGUGGCUGGUUUAGGGUAUCGUUCCUCAUCUGCUGGAGGACAGAUAUUAGAGGCUGCUGCUGUUUUGCAUUUCAAUGGCCCUGCCAAGCCAUGGCUUGAGAUUGGUUCUCCAGAAGUACGAAGCCUAUGGAGUAGACAUGUAAAUUUCACGAACAGCUUUAUCCAGAAAUGUAGGGUUUUGCAUUAGGGCCGGAGGACAAAGUUCUCUGGCACUAUGAUGUACUCAUUUCAGAUUCGGAACCAUGAAAACCAGCAGUAACACGGUUCGGAACCAAAGCAGAGGGAAGAAGGUAUUGGCUUCAGUCUCUGCAUAGUAUGGAAAUCGGUAACUUUCAUGUCCAUAAUAGAAAAUAGAUGAAGGUACUAAAUGAUUUAAGUAAGAUAUGGCAAGGAUCUUCAACAUAUAUGAUUACAUAAUCAAUGUUGCUGUUCAACAACAUUCAUUUAAUCCAAAUUACUUUUAUCA